CUUGGUUUUACUCUUGGCAAUGUGGUUGGGAUGUAUCUGGCUCAGAACUAUGAUAUUCCUAACAUUGCAAAGAAGCUUGAAGAUUUUAAGAAGGAUGUGGAAGCUAAGAAGAAACCUCCCAGUGACAAGUCCUAAGAGAGCAAUGUUACCCAGGUCACCUCUGUGCAUGCAUCAGGGAUGCAAUUACCUUUCGGGCAACGAAGAUCAAGUAGAGGGUUGGCAUGGGAGGUUCCUCCACUUUUAAUCUCCUAGAACUGGAAUGUCAUUCUUUUGAAAGAGCAGCCGUGAACUUUUCCUGAGACUGAUUUUCAAGGGUUUCAGAAUUUGGAUUUGCAGCUGAUAUGUGACUGAUAAGAUCGUUUGUAUUUUUCGUUAUUGCUUUUCCUAAUAUUUUGUAACCCAUUUUUACCUGAUCCAACUGGAGUCCUGUUAGUCCUGUUGCUAUGUGUACCUCACACUUUGUAAUACCCUAGUUCUUAGAACAUCGCAAAAGAAAUUAAAUGCAUUAAGAAGUAA